AUUCGCUAAGAAGUGUUUCGACGCGAACAAUUUUACCGAGCGGACCGCCACUCUCAUUGAGGGUCAAAUAUUUUGAGAAUGAGCCGAUAGAGUCGUCGACAUGUCAAGUUUCUCCAGAUCUGCUCAGCAAUGGGCAACCUUUGCCCGCUCCUGGUUCGUAAUCGAUGCCAAGAUGCAGCCUCCUGGCAAGAUCGCAACAAUGUGUUCUGUGCGAUUACAGGGCAAACACAAACCUAUCUACCAUGCACUCAGUGACUGUGGAGACCAUGUAGUAGUAAUUAACACCAAACACAUAGCUUUCUCUGGAAACAAAUGGGAGCAGAAAGUUUACUCGUCACACACAGGGUAUCCAGGUGGAUUCAAACAACUCACAGCUGCUCAGUUGCAUCAAAAAGACCCACAAGCUAUUGUGAAGUUGGCAGUUUACGGCAUGCUGCCUAAGAAUCUACACCGUCGCACCAUGAUGCAGCGACUACACAUCUUUACUGAAGAUGAGCUCCCAGAGGACAUCCGAGCCAAUCUGACGGAGGAACUGCCUCAGCCUAGAAAGAUCCCCAGGAAACUCAACGAGUACACAGAGAAGGAGGUCGACGCCUUCCCCAGGCUUUGGACACCACCUCAAGACUUCAAGAUGAAAUGAAAUCAAAGCUGCCCGAUGUGAGCAGAGCUGAAGAUUUUCACAUUAAUGCUUCACUGGACACAACCAGUUUCCUCACAUUUAUUUAGUGUAAGGAUACAUGACCAAGACAGGACUCUGAUAGUUAGAUUCAAACGUACACAAAAACAGAUAUUUUUCUGUUCAGGUGAAUCAACAGCAGCAGCAGCAGCAGCUCUGACUUCUUUGCUCCUAAACUGGCAUCAAAGAUCGACUGGACUUUACUAAAUCGUAACAUAAACGCCCACAUCAACAAAAACAUUUGUCUUUUUUUGGUCUGAAUAAUCAGCAUGACAUUUCCCUGUGUGGCUCAGAUCAGAUCAAAUCAGAUUCUGUGGGUUUUUCUGUGAUUAUAGAACCAAUAUGGAUCAUUUCAGGCGUCAUUAAAAAAUGACAUCUAUUAGAUCCGAUCCUGCUUUUUGAAGGUUUGUGGCUCCACACGCAAAACCAAUUAAUGUGUUACCAUGACAACACUCAGGUCAUCAGUGUGGGUUCAGUAGGAAAUGUUUUUUGGUCAGAGAGUUGUUCUUUUUUUGUUUUCAUCAUUGUGCUUUAUAGAUUUCCAGAUUGUUGUCAAAUAAAAAUCGGUUCUUUUUAUUUGCAUUGUAAAAAUUGGCUAAUAAACAAUUAAACAUG